AUGGGGGUUCUGAUGUCCAAGAAGCAGACUGUGGAGCAGGUGCAGAAGGCCAGCGUGGUGGUGUCGGCCUUCAAAGACGGACUGAAGGACAAAGGGUUAACCAAGAACAAGGCCGAGCCGCCCCGGGGCAAGACUGAAGUCGAGGAAGCUGGCCAAGGUGAGGACAAGGAGGCCGCUGGAGGAUCUCAGACCAGGACAGAGGAGGCAAAGAGGAACCAGGCAGCUUGGGAGAGGCUGAGAGAUGGCAAAGGGGUCGAGCCAGAGGACCUCGAGUGGAAUGACCAAGCCACUCCACCAGCCUUCACUAGGCCAAAGAGGCAGCUCGGAGAUGAUGAAUCACUUGAUAUUAACCUGCAGGAGAAAGACGAGGUGACCAACGCUGAGAUGUGCGACGUGUGCGAGGUCUGGACGGCAGAUGACCUUUACCCCUGCAGGAUCUGCACCCGGGUCUUCCACGAUGGCUGUUUGAGUCGCAUGGCCUGCCUGAGCCCCAGCAGCAUCCAGGAGCUGAAAGAGAUGGCCCACACCACGCUGGGCUGGAGCUGCCAAUACUGUGAUAAUGUGAACCUGCUGCUGACUGAUGAGGAGAUGUUUAGCCUGAAGGAAGUUUUCCGACAAUGCAGAAUUAUCCCAGAAUCCUGCCUAACACUGGAUGAUUUUCUCCACUACAAGCACUUCAUUCACAGGCAGAUCUUUGAUGAGCAGAUGAAUGAGGAGAAGGAGGAAUUAGUCAUGCUGCAGUUCUCUGCUCUAGAUGGUGACAAGAAGGGACAGAUGGAAUGGAUGGACUUUCUUUACCAUGAGUCGUUACUGGUGCUGCAGAGAUUCCGAUCCCAGAAUUCAUUGCUGAGACUCCUGACAGCCAAGGAGCGGGCGUGGGCUCGGAGUUGUUUCCUGGGCCUGGAUCAGAACCAAACCGGGUUAAUCACAAGGAGUGAGUGUAAGAGAGCACAGAACUCCUGGUUCCGGAAAAAUUCCAAAGAGUCUCAAUCUUGCAACGUAAGUAUCAGUCACGUUGGACCCAUAUCGGAGAGCAGCCCAGCCAGCAGAGGGCGAGGAAGGACACAGGAUAAGUCACUGCUCAGCAGGGAGCCAGAGGAGAACAGGCGUGUGGACUGGAAAACAUUCCUGAAGGAAAACGCCAUCUACAUCCUCGCUGGUCGCCCCAACAGUGCAGCAAUUCACCUCCGACCAACCGCCUAA